AUGAAUAGAAGCGCAGACAAUACACGCAAUGAAGAGGUAAGAAGAAUCCGGCGGUCUAACGAGGUGGCAUGGAACACUCUUUCGCUGUCGAUCAAAGGCUUUGGCACCAGACACAUUCCAUAUCUGAUUCUUCUCACAACUGGGUUCUUCUUAAUAGCUCUAAACAUAGGAUCGCUAUAUGAAAGCCCAAACAGAGAGUAUGUCCCAGAAAAGUACACGCAUGCCUUCAAAAUAUGCACUCUUGCGGGAAUCAUAGUAAAUGCGGUGGUGUAUGGGUGCAUUUUGCUCAGAAUGCUGUGCAGCAGAAUAUCCAAUUUAAGCACGAUGAAAGAGAAAGUGGCGUCGGUCGCGAUCAGAGCGACGAUCACCCUGCUGUGCACGGCCUUCUACUGCCUGCUGGCCUUGGCUUUUGUUGAGAACCUUUCGAGCAGAGCAGCAGGGGUCUUCAUGAUUGUUGUGUACUCUAUAUCCCUCAUAACCGUUAUAAUGGGGGUGGUCUCGUUUUUCUCGUACGCGCACAAAAAAAUCACGCAGCCCAGGCUUGAGAUAAAGCCGCAGAAGCUUGUGAACGACCCAACAAGCAACAGUAAGUUUCUUCUUUAUGCGUUCGUGGCAGGGGGAGUUGUGCUGGGAGUUGCCAUUGUUUCCAUAAUUCCGUGCUGGGACAUUAUAUACCACAUAAAAAAGUCUUUUCAAGGAAAAGAAGUAAAGGAGCUCUUUAUAAACAGAAAGUACUUGGUCAUAAAGAAGCAUCUUGAGCACAUUCCAUGCUGGUGGCAGAAUCUGCGCGAGUAA